ACAGAAGGCAGUAAUCUUUGGCAAAACAGUUGGUUAGAGUGUUGUUGUUUUUGGUGAUAGCGAUGAACAUGACGAAAAACGUUCCCAGUGUUAGUUUGGGGAAUGGAUACGAAAUACCUGGAAUAGGAUACGGAACAUAUUUGGCAACUCGCGACCAAGGAAUUGACCUCGUGAAGAAAUCAAUCGACGCUGGUUAUAGGCACAUUGAUACCGCUUUCCUGUACGAGAAUGAAGUCGAAGUAGGCGAAGCGAUUCGGGCAAAAAUAGCUGAAGGCGUAGUAAAACGAGAGGAUUUAUUCGUUACUACAAAGCUAUGGAAUACUUUCCAUCAUCCCGAUCACGUGGCGAAGGUAUUUCAGCGCUCAUUCGACAUGCUCAACAUCGGCUACAUCGAUCUGUACCUGAUGCACUCGCCGAUGGGACUGCAGUUUCAAGGCUACGAGUACGGUGAUAUGCAUCCGAAGGAUACUGAGGGAAAUGCACUCUACUCUGAUGACGAUUACAUCGAAACAUGGAAGGCCAUGGAAAAACUGGUUAAGAGCGGCAAGGUUCGCAGUAUCGGCCUGUCGAACUUCAACAGUGAGCAAAUCAAGCGAAUUUUACAGAUUGCUGAGAUCAAACCAGUCAACAAUCAAAUUGAGGUUAAUCCGGGUUGGAAUCAGAAAAAAUUGAUCGAGUUCUGCAAAAGUCACGGCAUAACUGUUACAGCGUUUGGGCCGAUGGGGCGUCCGCAUCGGUCAACUUAUGGGAACAAGUCGGCUCUAGGCGAUUCGAGGGUGCUAGAGAUUGCCCGCAAGUAUGAAAAAACCGAUGGUCAGGUGAUUCUUAGAUAUCUGAUUCAAUUAGGUACAAUUCCAAUUCCUUACUCAACCAAAGAGGAACGUAUACGGCAGAAUAUCGAUGUGUUUGAUUUUACCUUAAGCGACGAAGAUAUGCUGAUUAUGGAUGGUUUUCAGUCCGAGCGAACACUUCCAUUUCCUCCUUUGAAAAGGCACAAAUAUUACCCGUUUGAUAUUGAGUUCUGAGCAACGCACCCGUCGGCUCUGGUUGGUUAUUGAAUGGUGCUAGAAUAAAUAGGAAUAUAGUUUUUUA